UGAACCGACCGAUAUAGUCUGAGAAAAGAUAAUUCAUGAGCGAUUGAUAGGUCGCCGUGGUCCUAUCCACAUGCUCCGGAACCACGCGUAUCUGUUCGUACGCAUCCUGGCCAUCGAUCAGGGAUCGAAACCGGCAACGCGCCACGCGGCGUAGUAUCCCGUCCAUGUCUGGCAGCGGCGACGCCAUCUUUCGAGUAUUCGCGUUACGCUCACGGAGAUCGACCACUACGCGAAGACGAGGGGGGUUGGACUUUGCUUUGGGAAUCAGCAGCAUCGGUACGGUGUUCCCAGCAUUCGUUAUCUUCCAACGCCCGGUUUUCAGGUAAAUACGCCGCUUCUCAUCCCACUGUGGUCUUAGGGCGUCUGGGCACCGGGACAUUCGCCAAGGCAUGACUUUAACCGGAUCUAUCAGAGGUAUGGUAUGAUUAAUAGCACGCAAUGGUGGCAACUCCGUUUCAGCCGCCACUCGACACACUUCUCGAGCGUAUUGUUGCAGCUCCUCUCUAGCCCGUUCCAGCUCCCCGGCUUCCACGUCCGUGGCUCCUGUGUGUAAUCGUGCCGUGGCCACUCCUUCUAGCGGCGUUGGCUCUGCGCUGCCCACGCACACUCGAGACGGAUUGAAACCAAUACUAACGCGGUGCUGAAAGAGCCACGCGGUCCCCAAGAUCAAGUCAUA